GACGGACGAGCCGGGCCCGGUGCCGGUGCCGCCCCGUCCGCCAGCUAAAAGGGAGAGGCCAAAAAGCGCAAGUGGGACAAGGCCGAAGCAAACGAAGCAAGCGCCAAGAGACGAGCGACCAGGAACAGCAAUUGGCAAGCGCGCGACUGCGGCAGCGCCCCCAAAAUCAGCAGAGCAGACGGACACUAUGGUCGGCUUUUAUUCAUCUCACUCAGUGCCUUGCCACCUCCUUUUCCACUGUAAUCGCAUCAAGUGCAAGGGUUCAGGCAUCAAAAACGACUUACUAGCUUGUAAACCACUUGCUAGUGAGGUUGUAAAUAGUUCCUGUUUCAGGGCGCAGAUGAAUUCUAGCACACUCUAGGAGAACAAAAUCCAGUGUCGGAAAGCAGGAGACGGCAGACGCAGGAGGAGCAAAGGCGGGG